CGAGAGCUUCAGAGGUCAGUCCGUAACUGCAGCAACUGCAAAGCUCAUACUGGUCCCAGCCAGUUUGUUUAGUGACGCCGAGCCGCGAGGAAGUCAGUAGAGCUUAUCAGUGUUUGAUUCUUGUGCGUUUAUAUAAGAUACAGUGGAAUGUCAUGGCGACCUUCAGCGAUGAUUAUCAUUUUCGUCGUGAGGAAGUGACAGUGAUUUUUCAGUGUUACAGACUUCGGGAGCGACCGGCGAACAGCAGUGACAGCAGGAGUAGUGACAGGCGAGGGGGCACGCAUCAGGGGCAGCGCUGAGCGCCGUCAUGGCACAGCAUGUGCCCGCGCCGCUGCCGCCGUCGUCGUCCCGCCCCGCCGUCGCGCUGCUGGGGCGUCUCUCACCCAUGGUAUGCCCUUUGGCCAAGCUGGGCCGAGCGUCACCCUCCAUCGACUCGCAGGUUGCUUACCGCAUGUCCCGCGGCUCCACUUCCCAACAGUCUCUUCAGCCACUGGAAACACCCACUGUGAGCGUCGCGGUAGCUAGCUACCACCUCGACCCGUCGGCCUACCAUUGCACCACAGCCAGAGGAUCCCCUGCCCAGUUGGACCAGAAGGGCUAUAAGCAUCUGGAACAGGGUUACCACGUUCUUGGGCGGACCUCUCCACCGUUAGACUGUGGCUUCCAGCUCCGGAGUUCUCCGGCAUUGACGAGAGCGUCUUCUCCAACAUUGGACCAUCUUCAGUGUUACCAUCAGUCGAACGAUCAGUCGUACAGUUCUCAUCACAAACUUGGGCGUUCUUCACCGUCUCUAGACCAGGGUUACCACACUCUGGUAUCUCCAAGCCCUGGGCCAUCUACUCCUGGACCUUGGAUUGACCCCCACCCCCCGAUACUUCCUCUUCCCUUAACUGGAGCUGAAGCCCCCAACACAGGCGCAAUGCUGAAAGGGAAACGUUUUCACUCGAAGAAUUCGCCGUUUGAUCGCUUGCCGGACGAAGCCGUGAUCAAGAUCUUUUCGUGGCUGGACAGUAGUGAGCUGUGCGUCUGCGCAAGAGUGUGUCGGCGGUGGGAACACCUUGCUUGGGAACCAAGAUUGUGGAGAACAAUCAAAUUGAGCGGUGAGGGCGUGUGUGGUGACAGGGCUGUCCGUGGAGUUCUCAGGCGUCUUUGUGGACAGGGACGGACCGGUGCGUGUCCGAACGUGGAACGUGUGUUUCUGAGCGACGGGGCGAAGGUCACGGAUCGAGGACUGACACUUUUGGCCAGGCGGUGCCCAGAACUAACGCACCUGCAGCUGCACGGGUGCAAUACCGUGACUAACCCCACUCUCUUUGACCUCGCCGCUCGAUGCUCGAAUCUCCAACACCUCGAUCUUACUGGAUGUACGCGGAUAUCUUGCAUCAGCGUGACGCCGGGCCCAGAACCUCCCCGGAGACUCCUGCUCCAGUAUUUGGAUCUGACGGACUGUCACGCGGUGGAGGACGGAGGACUCCGGGUCAUCGUGAGGAACUGCCCGCAGCUCGCGUACCUCUACCUGAGACGAUGCAUUCAAAUUACAGAUGCUGGAAUCAAGUAUGUACCGAGUUUCUGUUCAAUGCUACGAGAACUGAGCGUAUCUGACUGCACCCAAGUGACAGACUUCGGUCUUUACGAACUGGCCAAGCUGGGAGCGACGUUGCGGUACUUAUCUGUGGCAAAGUGUGACCAAGUGUCAGACGCCGGUCUCAAAGUUAUUGCGCGGAGGUGCUACAAACUGAGGUACCUCAACGCUCGGGGCUGUGAGGCAGUUAGUGAUGACGCCAUUACUGUCCUGGCUCAAUUCUGCACUCGGCUUCGAGCUCUGGACAUUGGUAAGUGUGACGUGAGUGAUGCAGGGUUGAGGGCGCUUGCUGAGAGCUGUCCAAAUCUCAAGAAGCUGAGUCUUCGGAGUUGUGAUCUUGUGACAGACAGGGGAGUGCAGUGCAUUGCAUAUUACUGCAGGGGAUUACAGCAACUCAACAUCCAAGAUUGCCAGAUAUCCCUAGAAGGUUACAGAGCUGUUAAGAAAUACUGUAAACGCUGCAUCAUUGAACAUACAAAUCCAGGAUUUUUCUAGUUUUUUUAAUUGGUGAUUUGAGUUUCGUACCAAAACUAUGAUGCCGAUCUAAUGUAUGAAACAUUUGUUCACCAUUGUCAUUUUUCACUUCGGUGAGUACCAGCGUGUCUGAUCUGUCGUAAUCCUUCUGACCAUUUCUGUGAAUGCCAGAAAAAAUUACCACGUCAAUUCUCACUCAGGUAUAGAGUACCAUUAUAUUUACACACUUUGUUACAGUAAUUUAACUUCACACACCGGAGUGAUCCAGAGGCUUGUAUUCGUGACAUGGCACGGCCACAGUCCAAAUACCUGGAGACACUCGGUGCAGGCGGAUAGUUUCCUGGCGGGAUGUUUUAAUAAUGCCACUCAUAAAUGCUCAGUCUGCUACCUGAGGUGUCGUUUCUAAAAAUCAACUUCUGAAGUCUCUCCUGUGUUUUGGCAGAAACUCUUUUCUAAGUUCUGUUACGGAAUACGUGUGGUCUCGCGUGACAAUUUUAAACAUUACUUUUCUGUGUUUCUUUCUGUAACAGAAUCACCAACAAAUUGUGCUUCUUGUUGUAGGUAUCCGGUUAUUAAGAAUAGUGAAAGUAAUCGAUUUCUGCGUGUUUUAUGGAUGCUGUUUACAUAACUGCUAGGAUAUUCCACCUAAAAUGACAGACGUAAGUGAAGAAGCUGUCAGUGGCAACAUCAUGAUCAUCAGAUGACGCUGACAUUCUUUAGUGUAACUGGAGGUCAGGGAAUUAUAUCUUGAAAGACGUCAUACUCAUCCACAUCUUUUAAUGAAUUGCUUUGUAAAAUAGAUGACUGUCUUUUGGGAUGCUGUGCUCUGUAGUCUGAUAGAAACUGACUGCCUCCAUCAUCACGGCCGUCACAGCUGAUAAUGGAGGCAGUAUGCACCUCUGAAGCACUGGUCAGUUUCUGUAAGACUAGAUGGCGUAAUAUUCCAGAUGACAGUUAUCUUCAUUCUUGCUACCUCAAAAACUUGAAACUUCGCCAAAAAGAAAAUUAAUUUUGCUCAGAGAUUCGCAUAUUUAAAGUUUCAAGCUACAUUCUUCUUCUUCUUCGCCUUCUUCUUCUUCUUCUUCUUCUUCGUCUUCUUCUUCUUCAUCUUCUUUUUUUCUUCUUCUUCUAAAAUAUACCUAACAUUAAAAUAUGAAUUCAAUAAUAAAUAUGUUGUUGGCAGAAUGUUGCAUUAGCAUAAAUUGUACAUUCACUUUUUCCUGCUCCACGAGACCUGAUAACAUUCUGUGACGUAUUUCCAGUUGCCACAUUCCAAUAAGGAAAAAGAAAGUCGUAAUUUGUGUUAUGUAUGAAUACGAUCACGUGAACUUAACACCAACUUUUUUUUAAGACCUGCCGGGAGAAAAGUCCCAGGUAACGCGAUGACAAUUUUUAACUCAGUCGCAAACAGUUCUGGAGUUAUCAGUAACUUUCUUAUAACAGAAGACUGGUUAUGAAUUAUAGGAUUUGCGACUUUCGCGGCGAGUACAAUCAAUAAAAUCUUCUCUGGCAAUCAGCCGCGUUAGUUGGUUACCGUAGUAAACCGACGUUUCGGGAACAAACUCUGUCCCCAACUUCAGGGUUCUGGCAGGCAGUUACACAGUGACUUCUGAGGAUCCAGUCACAUCAGAACCCUGAAGAUGGGGACAGAGUUCCCGAAACGUCGGUUUACUACGGUAACCAACUAACGCGGCUGAUUGCCCGAGAGGAUUUUAUUGGUUAUGAAUUGUCAGCAGCGAACAAGGAGUUCGAGAGAAGUGGGGAUCAUUAAAAAGGGACUGAGAGGUAAUCGUGGGUCUCAGACGUAAGAAGAGUUUGUUUCUGUGGUCGCUCGCUGCUCACGUGUGCGCGCGAUCCAGGAGCUCGGUCUAUCUGAUGCUGUGUAGUGGUUUGAGAGUAGUUUAGUUCUUAGAUACGAGCGAAAGAGGUUCAGUCGAUGAAACAAAAUAGGGUGAAGGGAAAAAAGGCAAUACUGGUCACGCAUCCAGCCCACAGAACUGAAACUGCCCCGAAUAUAAAGAUCCAUUGUAAGUAUAUUUGUGAAUAUUGUUACUACACAAGUUGUAAUCAUGAUAUUUUAAUAUUAUUGUAAAUAUGUGUCAUUUUAUACAGAAAAAAUAUACCACAUGCUUGCCAUAUGAUAAAAUUAUAAUAAAUUUCUUUCAUAUA